GGGUUCUUGGGCAGCUGCGCAGGGCUGCCGUUUCUCCCUCGAUCGAUGGACACGUGCGCAGCUCUCGAGAAGCUCUAUCCUCAGGUUGAUCGCCGGAUCAUUCGAGCUACUGCGAUCGAGCACAAGAAUGACCUCCAAGCCGGCAUCGAUUUCAUAGAGGGUGAGGUCCUGGACUGGAAGGCGCGUCGGUCGAUUGAGUCGACGCAGAUUUUAGAUUAUCGAGAAUUCUCCGAGGCUCCAGCCAUGGAUUCCACCGACACCGACAUUGUUGACACCGACAAUGUUGACGAAAACGCUGAGCUCGUCUCUUCCGAUGAUCCGGGGGUGUGGAAGAGCGCUUCCAGCUCCAUGUACGCAGUGGAUUGCGAGACCAUCGAGCAAAUGAUUGAGCAGACCAAGACUGACAAGCAAAACUUGAUGGUUUCUAUCCAAGAGAUGAAAGAACUGCGCAGAGUUGCGGAGCAAGCCGAGGCUGCCGCUCGGUCGGCGAAAGCUCAAGCCCUGGAGGGAGUCGAAGCUUUACAUGCUAGUGCCGAAGAAGUUCGAAAGACCGUUGCCGAGGCUAGAGAAGCAAAUGCAGUGCACUCUGGAGAGGUUUACGGCGAGAAAGCAGUGCUUGGAACUGAAGCGAGAGAACUCUUUUCUCGGGUGCAGCAAGUGCGGACGGAGUGGCUCAAGGCCUCCGAUAUUCUCGAAGAGAUGAAAGCCACACUGCAAGACCGUAUCGCCAAGGCCAAAGAAGAUGAACGUGUUGCUGACGAGGAAAGGCUGCGAAAGGAAGCCGCUUCGCGGGAGCUACUGCAAAAAGAAGAGGACAUUUUGGCACAAAUCACACAAGAGUCCAUCGAACUAGACUUAGAGGCUGAUAACUGCACAAAGCUAAGGGAGUUCCUCAUGAAACAAGGGACUGUUGUAGACUCGCUCCAAGGCGAGAUUUCCAUCCUCCACGAAGACGUGGAACUCUUGAAGAAGAAAGUGGAAGGCCUCGUCCUCGACAGCUUCCACAGCGCAAGCCAAGCGGGCAGUAUCUUCAACUGGCAGCCGGAGCUCAUCAGCGAUCUAGCUCCGCAGGACAACGACGACGAAUUCGCAGCAGCUCUGUCCACCUCAUCCUUCAGCCACGAGAAGAGCACGACUUCGAGCGGCGGAAGCUGGCAGUUUCUCGAGACAGAGCAGUGAUCUCGCUGCUCCUCCCAGGUGUGUACAUAGGAACGCGAGGAACCAAACGUUCUCUCUCGGUAAUUUAUAAGAGGAGCUCAUGUUCUUCACGUGAGAAGUGAUAACGAUGACGAUAAUGAGGAGGAGCUUUUGCUCUCUUUUGUUUGCUCU